AUGCUCCCGCAUGACCAAUUGGAGCCACUGCAUCCAUUUUUCAAGCAAACUAUUGUUCAGAUAUGCUGGAACGGCAUGGUCCAAAAGGUGGAGAAAGGAAAUUCCGUUCUCCAGAGAUUAUUAGUUUUAGCUUCACCAGGCUUGUUUUUCUUUGAAAAAGGGUUACUCGGAGGAUAUAAGCUUAUACAAAUCAUUUCAUUUUCUGAAAUGCAUUCCUUAAAAUAUAAAGAAGGAAAAAUAAUCAUUACAUCUACAAACAAGAAAGCGGAAUUCUCAUCUAAUGCUAACGAAAAAAUAAUAAGCAUGAUGUUAUGUAUACAGAGCAGCUUGUUUCGUCCAAUGGCAUAUGAUAUUCCUGAUGAUGUGAAAGAUGCAAUCAAUGAUGACAAUUAUAUCUUCGAAACUCGCACCCCAUUGUGCGAAAGAUAUCUUUCUCUUGCUUUGCAGUUCGCAGAUAACGUAGAUCCGCAGAUAAUUCUUAAUAAAAUUCCAUAUCUUCUUGACGUAAAGGAUACAUUCAAAUUUACAUCCGAAAUGGUUUCUAGUCCAUGCAUAGAUCCUAUUAUCAACGCUGUUUGCUUAGAUACUGAUAUUACGGACAUUGUCUUUUCUUCUGUCAAUUUCCACGAAUUUGUAGACCAUUUACGUGAAGUAAUAUCAUUAAAUAACCACAUAAAAUCCAUUACUUUCCAUGGAAUUCUCUUUGUUGGAGAUUCAUCCGAAUUAGUUCGAUUUUUCAAGACGAAAGUUGCUUCUCCUAUCACAGCCAUCAACUUCAUACAAUGUGAUCUUAGUACAAACAGAUUUACGAACUUUUUGCUUGCAUUUUCCACAUUUAAGUGCCAAAUUACUUCGAUUACCGUUAAAGACUGCACAUUUUCAGCAGAAACCAUCAGAGCAUUAUUUGUCUGCUUGUUCCAGUCUCCUUGUUUCAAGUUACUCCAAGAAUUUAAUAUUUCCGGAGAUUUAUUCCCUCCUAUUGCUCAAGAGCUUGUCGGAGAGUUACUUGACCCCAACCAAAGCAAUUUCCCAUCUUGUUUCAAGCAUAUAAGGAUCAGUUCCGCUAAUUUAGAUGCAAAAACAAUUAUUUCGGAAUUUGUUACACACAAGAACCCAGUUAAAGCUCUUGAUGUCUCCAGAUGCAAUUUCAAGUCAAGAAUGCCAACAGGAUUGAUUUGUUAUUCGAGAUUAACCGAAAUUAACAUAAGUGACACUUGGCUGACUCCAGACUCCUUGUUUUCACUGUUCCAGUCCGUAAACCAGGCCAGCAUCCCUCUCGCAACCCUCACGGCCGACCACGUCCACAUGUCCGAGCAAAAUUUCAAUCAAUUUUACCAGAAUUUCAGCAUUGAGUGCCCAUCGAUCAGAAGGCUGUCCUGGGAAAUGAAUGCCAUCAAGGAUGACAGUGUAAUAAGUGGUUUUAUCCACUUUUUAAGCAGAAUGAAAAAUGUCAUUGAUCUUUCCAUUUCUCACGUGAUCAUGGCUUCACCGAAAUCAGCCGAACUGAUCAAAAACUACCUCGAUGGUGUCCAUAUCCAUAGAUUUGUGAUGAGGGGAUACGAUAAGACGGCGUUUCAAGACGAUUUCAUUCCUAUCCUCGAGGCCUUGCUUUGUCAUGACUCCCUGGUCAGUUUGGAUGUCACUGGUCAACGUUUUGGGGAUGAUGGAAUUGAAAUUCUCGGAAAGAUGAUAAAUAACGGGCUUCAGAACCUCGUAUGGGAUGAACAACGUCCAACAAGUGCAGAACAGACAAUAGAAGUCCUUUUACAGACCGUUUCGGACGAAAUGCAGUUCUCAUUAUGGCCGGAAGAGAAUAUUAAAGCGUUAUGGGUCAAGAUGCCAAUAACAAAGAGGUCGGAGCUCCAGGUUACAGUAGAACAGAUCAAACAGCAGUUCAUUGAGAAAUACAGCAGAAUUGUUCAUAACUGCUUGGGAACAAAGAACUCUUUCUUCGAAAAAUCGAGAUUGCCUCGUGUGAAGACAAAUUGUGGUCCAGAUGACUACAAAGAAGUGAAGAAAGUUGAUUUCGAAAUUUUGACAAAGAUUCCUGAGAAAGUUUAUGAAGUAUUGAACGAAAUCAAAGGUAGUGUUAGAGAGGAUUACUUAACAACACAAACUAGAAAUAUGAUCUGCAAAUUCUUAUAUAGUCAAAUUUGUUAA